AUGGGCAUGGACAAAGACACGGAAGUCACUUUGAAGGAGGAGGCCACGGAGGGACUCAAAGAGGUUGCUAAAGAGGGCGUGAAAGAUGAGGUUACAGAGAACAAAAAGGAUGAAAUUGAGGAUACCACAGACCUCAAGACUGAAGCCGAGGCUGAUGCUGAUGCUGCUUCCUCAUCUCACACUCUCAUGCCUGAUGCUCCAACCGCUCAUACUCCGGCCUCUAGUCUAGCGACUCCCUCUCUAGAUUCAAAACCUCAUAAUUCUGCCUCAAACGAGGCUUCUGCCGGAGAUACUGCUCCUGAUGAUGCUGUUCCACAAGACUCAUCGCCCAAAGCUGCCCCGCAACAGCCCGUCUCCCAAGAAGCAGCCACCGCGACAGAAGCUGUAGCAGAGAAGACUGACGCGUUGCCAACCCCAGCCCCCAAAGCCGCAAUAAACGUUGAUGAAAUGGACGAGGUUCCAGAUCCGGACGAGGACGACUUGGAUGAUUUAGAUGAUAUGCUGGAAGAGUUCUCUACCGUCAAGCUAGAUCAAUCCAAGCCUCUUGGAGCUGCUGCUGCCUCCAGUAAACCAGAAGCUCCCAAGGGCGCUGCUUCCGGCAAGCAACCUGAAGUGGAGGAUGCGUUCUCAGAAGAUGAAUUUGCUAGGCAGCUCCAGGCUGGUAUGGCCGAUCUACUAGGCGAACUUGAACAGUCUCCUGACAUGCAAGCACAGUUUGAAGAUAUCUUCAAGCACAUCGCUGCGGCAGAAGGUGCUGGUGAUGCACCACCUCCAAGCACUUCCAAAGGGCCUUCUUCCCAAGCACAACCUGAGGAUGCGUCAUUCCAAGACACCAUCAAGCGAACCAUGGAGCGCAUGCAAGCUUCUGGAGACCAAGCUACUGCUGCUGCUGCGUCGGGAUCCGCUGAUGAUUUCAUGUCUGAGAUGCUCAAGCAGUUGUCUUCGGGCGACCUUGGUGAUCUGGGAGGCGACGGCAGCGAGGAAGAAUUCUCCAAAAUGCUCAUGGGCAUGAUGGAGCAGCUCACUAACAAGGAAAUUCUGUAUGAGCCCAUGAAGGAACUCGAUGAGAAAUUCCCUGAAUGGCUUAUCAAGAAUCGUGACUCGACACCGAAGGAUGACUUGAAGCGCUACGAGGAGCAACAGUCCAUUGUACGAGAGAUAGUGGCCAAGUUCGAAGAGAAGACGUACUCGGAUUCCAAUGCGGCGGACCGUGAAUUCAUUGUUGAUAAGAUGCAAAAGAUGCAAGCGGCAGGAUCACCCCCUUCUGAUCUAGUUGGAGACAUGCAAUCGGCACAAGAUGCCCUCAAUCCAGGAGACGAAGCCUGCAACCCUCAGUAG